AUGUCUGAUAUUGCCUCGGCUCGAUUAAAAAAGGAGCUUCAAGAAAUGAGGAGUCACCCUGAUUUCUCUGAGAAUCGUUUCUCAAUCGACACAGUUGAAGAUAAUCUAUUCCAUAUGAAAGCGACCAUCGCUGGACCACCGGACACUCCUUAUUUCGAUGGUAUGUUCAAGGUAGAUCUUCGAAUGUCCAAAAAGUAUCCAUUCUCACCACCGAAAGUACGAUUUCUCACCCGUCUCUGGCAUCCGAACGUUUCAUCGAUAACUGGUUGUAUUUGUCUCGAUAUUUUGGACAAUAAGUGGGCCGCCGCUCUAACCAUAAGAGGUGUUCUAUUGUCUCUUCAAUCGCUUCUCCAAGACCCAGAGCCUUCAAAUCCAUUAGACGCAUCGGUCGCCUAUCAAUACAGAAAUCGUCAUGAUCUUUUCUUUAGAACAGCAAGUUACUGGACAGCGAUUUAUGCUUCCAACGAUCCAAUGAAACGUUUCGAGUUUCCAGAUUUCGAGCUUGCAUUAGAAUCACUAAGAGACAUGUUACCCCAUGAAUCGGAUGAAUCAUUAAUCUCCGCUUUAUCGUGUCACAAUUGGUCAGUCGGAGAAGCUUGUUGCUCUCUAACAUAA